CAUGGUUCUGGUCAAGUUAACCCCCAAAACAGAGGCACCACAAAGUAGCUCUGAGGAAGCCUUUUGGAAGGAGAAGCUUGGCAAAGGUGGAGCUUUGAAAAUUCCAGUCCUGUUCAGAAAGGAGCUGGCAACUGCUGCUGUUCCCUGUGGUGUCUUGGGUGAGGCAGGAGCUCUGGUAACUGCUUUAGAAGCAAGCAAGGUAAUUUUCAUGCUGUUUUAAUGAAAAAACACUUGACUGCAGCUUUUUUAGUUACUACAUGUACAUGCUAAAUGUCUGGGCAGUGUUGACAGAUAGCAGUACUGGUUUGUCUUUCCUGUUUGCAUUUGUACAGAACACUGAAGCACUCGUGGCUCUAAAAAGGAAAAUAAUUUCCCCUAGAAAUGUAAAAUAUCUGCAGCUUUCUGUCUUGGCAGCCUUGUGCAGUGGUUCCAGUGGUGUAUCCCAGGUGGGGUGGAUAUAUGCCGGAUAGGAGGAAAUGAGCUUUCUUCAGCAUUGCUGCCCUGAAGGUACAGGUUGGGUUACACUACAGCAUGUAAUAUGGUAUUUGAUCUUUUAAACUAGAUGGUGUUCUCUUAACAUGAUGGAUUGAGACUUGCUCUUCCAUGUUGGCAAGGUUUUAAUUUUCUUGGGUUUUUAGCAGUGGAGGAUUAUGCUAGCAACCUGUUGGUAGAGCUGAAGUGGGAGAAAUCCUGUGCUACUGCUGGGAGUCUUUAGUCUCCUUUCCUGUGGCCCAUGGCACCUGACCUGCUUGAGUUACGCUAGGGGGACACGUGCUUUCUAAAGAACAUUGUCUUGAUUUUUGCACAAAAGCUUCCUUAAUGAACAAUAAAAACCUCUGUAAACCGAUGUGUUUCAUUUCUUUACUGUGUGCUAGUUGCUGAAGGGUCUUGCUAGCUUCCCCUUUCCUGCAGAGUCAGGAGGAGGCACAUCCCAAAACAUCAAUGGGAAUCAGGGUGAAUGACAGGACUCUAAUUCCCAUUGAGUUGCCAUUGCCUUACAGUAUGCAUGUCCCAUCAAGCCUUUGCUAUGUUGAGCACAGAUGCAGGCUAGAGGCUUGCCAGGGAUUGCACUGCUGUUCUCUUCCCUGGACAAACACAAUGCCUGAUGUGAGGCAACAGUCCCGUGUUGCAAUUCCUCUGCCUGGUGUGGGCUGGAGGGAGUUCUUGCUGAAGCUGCUUGAUACCAGGCUUCAGUGCUGACUUGCAUUUAAUGUGUCUGCUUCCCUUUUGUCUUCAUUCCUUGCUUUGUUUUAAACAAAAUGUGACUUUUAAAAUGUUUUAAGCAAACUAUGAGGCUACCUCUCAAUACCCCAUUAAUUCAGUUGUCCUAAAUUUAAUGGUCUUUAGUAUCUUCACUACUGACUUUUUUUUUGUAAGGGCUGAUGCAUUCAUCUGUUAUGAAUGCAUCAUAAGGGUGAAUUUUGUGAAGAGCAUGGGAAAUAGCUGCAUUGCAUGGUGUUAGGACAGUUCUCCCUGGUUGGGUCUACACUUUGCAGCCAGGAAUAGUUAGUGUUGAGCAGCAGGUUCUGGGCUGGUUUUGACUUCCCGGGAAUACCUGCCUGGCUCUGGUCCCUCCCUCUACUUGCAGGCUGGUGAUGAUGAUUUUAUAAUCAAGCCAUAAGGAGAGGGGUGUGGUAAUUGCCCUGUGUGGGUGUGGGUUCUCUCUACUUCUCCCAGCCCAUCCAAGAUCCCUCAGUCUGGGAGCAGCACAGGAGCGGAACCAGCCACUGAGGACUAUCUUAGGAACAGCAUGGAGAUCAAAUGGAGUGGCUGGGUGCUGCUGAUCCUUUCUGUGUGCCUGGGCUCCUACCAAGCUGAGGCCAGCCCCCUCCACGAGUGCAGCAAGCGGCCAGAGGACUGGUGCCGCGAUGUGGUGACAGCAGCCAAGUGUGGGACGCUGCAGCUCUGCCAGAUCUCCGUCUGGGACCAGGCUGUGGGGCAGAAGGGAAUCCCAUGUCACCUAUGCCAGAUGGCAGUCUCUGUGGUAGGCAAGAUCCUGCAGGACAACCGCACCGAGGAAAAGCUGCGGCUCUUCUUGGAUAAGAAAUGCCAGUACCUGCCCUUCCAGGACUGGUCUGUGAAGUGCAAGAGGAUGGUGGACACCGGCAUCCUCAUCCUCGUCCAGCUGGGCAAGCAAGUGCUGGCGGACCCGAAGGUGGUGUGUGGGACCAUCAAGCUGUGCCAGCCUCGGGAGAGCCCCACAGGAGCCCUGAAGUUUCAGGAACCACCACCAGCCCCUGCCGGCCCUGCUCAGGACUUUGCUGACCUGGUUACUCCCUUCAUCACCAACGUGCCCCUCCUGCUCCAUCCCCAGGACCUGCCUCGUGGUGAGGCUCAGGAGAAGGAAGAGGUGUGUGAGGAAUGCCUGCGGCUGGUGGCCGCUAUGCAGCUGGAGCUGGGGACCAAUGCCGCCUUCACUCAGGCGCUGGUGGCCCGCACUGAGUGGGCAUGUGAGGGCCUGGCACCCAACCUGGCACAGCAGUGCAAGCACUACCUGGCCGAGUACAUGGACACGGCCGUCCGGCUGCUCCAGUACAUGCUGGCUGAGGACCCCAUGGAGCUGUGUGGCCAGCUGGGACUCUGCUCCUCUUCCUCACUGCUGCCCUUCCACACACUGCUCACAGAGAAGAUGAUACAGGUCCUGAGCACGCUGUGGGACAGGGAAGGGACCACUCCACUGUGUGAGAUGUGCCAAUUUGCUGUGAAAGCGGCCGAAAGCCUCCUGGAGAACAACGUGACGGAGGAGCAACUGGUGAACGACAUCGAGAAGGUGUGCUACAUGCUGCCCCACAGCGUCAUCGGGCAGUGCAAGGACUUCGUUGACUCCUAUGGCAAAGCCGUGGUCAUCAUGCUGCUGGAGGCCACCGACCCGGCGGCUGUCUGCACCAUGCUGCGCUGCUGCCCCCGGAGCGGGGACACCCGCCGCGGGCCUGCCAUGCUGGAGCAGCUGGCAGUGGGUGCGGGAGCAUUCUGCAACGUCUGCCAGAUCAUCAUCACGUACUUUGACAACGAGCUGCUGAAGAACGAGACGCUGUCGGAGCUGGGUGACAUGCUGCAGAAGGGCUGCGAGCUGCUGCCCGCACCGCUCACUGGCACGUGUGAAGCACUCGUGGUGCAGUAUGAGCCAGAGGCUGUGCGGCUCUUCGUGCAGAUGAUGGACCCCACCUUCGUCUGCACUAAAAUAAAAGCUUGUGACUCAUCCGAGGAGGAUCUCCUGGGCUCAGACCUCUGUGCCUUGGGCCCGCAAUACUGGUGCAAGAACAUGGCCACAGCGAUCAAGUGCCAGGCUGUUGAGCACUGCCAGCGUCACCUAUGGAACUAGGAGUCACCUCCUCGGCUGGCUGUGCUUGCCCUGCUGUUUUGGUUCAGGAUCGCAGAUACCCUCCCUUGCGAUGCACCUGCACCCGUGGAUGGCAAUGGCAGGAGCCCACCAGCCUGACCAUCUGGGCAGGGGCUGUGGGGUGACCCAGACACUUCUGCCACUUCCUUUUCCAUCCCUGCGGUUUGGAUUUCUAAAUCGGGUUAAGGGACUCAUUGGUAUUUUCAAGACUGAGGAUUCAGCCUUGUUGUCUCUCAGAGUCCUUGUAAAAUCCCCAUCCCCACGUCUAUCCCCAUCCCCCUUGUAAGACCCACAUCCUGCAACGUGAACAGGCUGGAAUGGUUUCUGCUGCCCAAAUGCUAGACAAAUCUGGGCAGCUGGCAGCCAGCAGCCUCACACCACAGGUCUUGUCAGCUUUUGGCAAGCCCAGCACUUUGCUGGUCCCUCUUCGAAUUGGUGUGGCUUUCUUUUACACCUCCCUUCCCCCUCUUGCCCUAUAAAGAAACACAGUGGAUUAAAUUUACAGAUAUAUAUACCUUAAGUAUUCCCUGAACAAAAAAUGAGUGAGU